GGCAGCCGGGCGGCAGGAGGCGGAGGCAGCGGCGGCGGCGGCGGCGGCGGCGGCAUGAGCUACUACCAGUUACCGGUGGUGAUAGACAACGGCUCAGGAAUGAUCAAGGCGGGCCUGGCUGGUUCCCGGGAGCCUCUGUUUGUCUACCCAAACAUCACUGGCCGCACCAAAAGCCAGACCAGUGCAGCCGAGCGCGCGCAGGAAGUAUUCGUGGGGGACCAAGCGCAGGAGCGGAGGAACUCGCUUUCCAUCAGAUACCCAGUGGAGCGUGGUCUCAUUACUUCCUGGGGGGACAUGGAGAUCAUGUGGAAGCACAUCUAUGACUAUAACCUGAAGCUAAAGCCCAGUGAUGGCCCAGUUUUGAUUACAGAGUCAGCACUGAAUCCACUGGCCAACCGGCAACGUGUCACUGAAGUGUUUUUUGAGCAUCUGGAGGUUCCAGCCUUCUAUAUGUCCAUCCAGGGGGUGCUAGCUCUCUUUGCUGCUGGCUUCACUACUGGCUUUGUGCUGAAUUCAGGUGCUGGGGUCACCCAGUGCGUGCCCAUCUUUGAGGGUUACUGUCUCCCUCAUGGUGUCCAGCAGCUAGAUCUGGCAGGCCUUGACCUCACCAACUACCUCAUGAUGCUGUUGAAGGACCAUGGCAUCAUGCUGCUUAGUUCUUCUGACAGGAAGAUUGUCGCAGACAUUAAGGAAACCUCUUGUUAUGUGGCAAUAAACUUUGAGGAGGAAAAAGCCAAGAAAGCUGACUGUAUAGAGAAGGUUUACCAACUACCCGAUGGGAAGGUGCUCAGACUCCAUGACCAGCUCUUUCAUUGUCCAGAGGCUCUCUUCUCUCCAAGUCUCGUGAACCUUGAAACCCCUGGCAUUGAUAAGAUGUGCUUCAGCAGCAUAAUGAAAUGUGAUACAGAUCUGAGGAAUUCCUUUUUCUCCAAUAUUAUCCUUGCUGGGGGAUCGACCUCUUUCCCUGGUUUGGAUAAGAGGCUGGUUAAGGAUAUAGCAAAGGUGGUGCCUGCCAACACCCCUGUGCAGGUUAUAGCGCCCCCAGAAAGGAAAAUAUCAGUGUGGAUGGGAGGCUCUAUUCUUGCAUCCCUGUCUGCCUUCCAGGACAUGUGGAUCACUGCAGCGGAAUUUAAAGAAGUUGGACCCAACAUAGUACACCAAAGAUGCUUCUGAAUACAGAUGACAUGGUUAGAAGAAAAUGUUUUGAGUAUAUGUGACAGAAAUCUUUGGAUAUUAUAUGUUCCUGGGAGAACAGAAAAUAUUUCAAUUAUUAGAAUGUCCAGGUCUCUGUUGUAUUUCUGUAAUGGGGGGCGGAGGGAAUAAUGGUGAAGCAGUCAAAUAACACUUAUUGAGUAGAGCCAAAUUAAAUGCUAGAGGAGACAUUA